AUGUCAAUCCCUCCUCCCGGAUUGGGAGGCGGGGUCGCCAGGACCGGCCCUCCGCCCGGUUUUGGUGGAAAUGCCAGCGGAGCGUCUAAUACUGGGGACGGAGGAGGUGGCGGCGGCGGUGGAGGUGGAGGCGGAGGUGGCGGUGGAAGGAGUAGAGGAGGUGAUCCAGCGUCGAUCGUCAGAGCGCAGAUUGUGUUCCUGUUGACGACGUUCACGGAGGAAGGGUUCGAGAAGCAUGCGGAUGAGAUCCGGGCGUUGGCAUCAACCAACGGACCGGAGAUGUACCAUCACUUCUUGCGCCGCGCAGCUAUCGUCGCCAACCCUAUCAUCUCUACCCUCAUCCAGCAUAGCCAGCAGUACAAGGACGACCCGGCGGCACCUCCCCCCAAUAUCCAGUCGACUGGUCCGCCCGCCUUUGUCUGGCGACUGCUCGUCACAGAGGCUGUCAGGGCAUCACGGGACGUCUCGCUCGCUCCUCAUUUCUGCUCCGUCAUGCUCUCCCAAGCACAAUCGACCGCCCUCCCGCUCCCCUCGCUCCGGAUUUUCGGUCUCCCCCCAUCCUUCCUCCUCUCCCUUACCGCCUACACUCUCGCCUCCCCCAAUGUCUACCCGCCAAAUCACGCCUCGGCGGAAAUGGUACAUGGCAUCCUCCGCCAGACUUUCCAGCCCGUCAUGGAGCAAUUACGAGCUCCAGGCGUCCCAUUCUGGGCGAUGGGCCCAACUGCGGGCGCGCCAUCAUAUACCGAUGACCUCACCUUGCAAGAAGCGAGAACGCUCAUACUUGCUCUCUAUCCCCGAUCAUCCUCUUCAGGCGGUAAUACCCUCUCCCGCCCACCUACACCGACCAAUCCUACCGCUCCCCACCCGUCCCCAAUCUCUUCACACCAACGGGCAGCUCUCCUCGGAUCGCUCGCUACCAAAUUCUCUUCCCCCGCCAUCAUCCUUCAGAGCUUGUCGGCGCUUUCACCAGGUGGACCGCCGAGAUCGCCUGGCUCAAUCCCUCUCGAGGAUAUCCUCUUUGAGCUAGGGGACGGGCUGACCCAGGAUGAAGGGACCGUAGAGGCGGUCAUCGGACGCUGGUGGGGUCCAUAUCUAUUGGAAGGGCUAUCAAGUGCCGAACAGGCCAAGGCAGUCACAGAGGAGGCGUCUCGGACGGUCUACGGGCUGUGCGACGGCCUGAGAGAGGGGAGAAUAGUUGACGUUCAUGGCGUCGUCAAGGGAUUGAGCACAGUCCCAUCCAUCUCCAUCCCGGACAUCGUCCGGUCCUUCGACAUUCCCAACGACAUCUCCGCUUACCAACCAUGCAUGUCCCUCCUCGUCGCCCUCCUCCUCCAACCCUCCCAGUACCCUAUUCCACCCAUCACCGGCCUUCUCCCCGCAUCUCCCUCUGAACCCAUCUGGAAUAACAUGAUCACCCUCCUCCACAUUAUCUGGCGAAUGACUUCCAUCUCCCCAGACGCUAUCCCGCUAUUCACCAUGCCCGGUGCGCCCUCCCCGGACGCGUUCGCGCGGAUCGUCAACCCACCACAGCAUGAUCGGGUGUGGAGCAAGGCAGCGAGGCAGCAGGCGACGGAUAUUCAAGGUGCGGGACUUUGGAAUACGCUUGGUCUGAUUCAGAUUCUGGUGCACGCGUGCGCGGUGGCGGAAGGGGAGGUGGGCGAUCUGCCGUCGGAUGAGAGGGUGGAGAUCGGGCGGAUGGCGACGGAACGAUUGGACAGAGCGGGCUCAAUAGCGCCAGAGCUGGUCCUGAUCGCGCUGGAGAAGCUGCCGAAACCCCUUCCUGGACCGGUGCAGAACAUCCACACCCGCCUGCUUGCGGUAUAUCUCGCGACUCCAGCGGCACAGGCGACUUCUUCACAGCUCGUGUUCCACCAGCUGUGGGAGCAUGACUCGGAGAACUUGUUGGCGGUGUUGCUCGAGUUCUACAGCGAGGCAGAGGAUAAUCUUGGGCGGAUCAUGGAUAUUGCGUUGGAAAUACUGUCAAACCUCAUCGCUUCCGAAAACUUCCACUUUGCGUUGGACGUUGCCGCUCAAGCUUCCCAGGCUGAGCGGAUCGACCUCGAAAAGUGGUUGGCGGACGGUAUCGAGGCCAAGGGCCACGACUUCCUCGAAGGUAUCUUUGCUUUCGUUGAGCACAAGAUCCACCUCGAAGGCGAGCACCAACACCAGCCCGAAUCUGCCCCCGCCCUCAAACACACCCUCGGUCCCGAAAUCUACUCCAUCUUUAUCCGCGUCAUUCGAAACGCCCGGAACCUUGACCAAGACGAUAUCCGUCGGUUCAAGGGUCUCCGCACCGAUAUCCUUAUCCAGCACCCCCGUCUACUUAAUUUCCGGCCUCAGUCCAAAGAGGAGCAAGGGUUCAGCGUGGCCAAGUACUCGAAGGAGGCCACGGCGCAGGUGGAUGAGAUGUACCAGCAAAUGUACAGCGGGGAGCUCAAGCUGGACGACGUGGUGGACGAGCUGCGGACGAGGCAAAAGUCGGCGGAAACGAGGGACCAGGAGCUGUUUGCCUGCGCGCUACACUCGCUGUUUGACGAAAUCAAGUUCGUCAAGUCGUACCCGGCCAAAGAGUUGACCAUGACGGGUAUCCUCUUUGGUGCGAUCAUCGACGGGCGGCUCGUCAAGGAUACGCCGGCCUUUGUCGCUACUCGUUACGUCCUGGACGCGGUCAAAUCGUCGCCUAUCCCUCCCAAUGACGCUCUCUACCAAUUCGGUAUCAAUGCGCUCUGUAUCCUCCGGGCAUCCCUCGUCGACUUUCCGGGUCUCUGCCGGGAGCUCAUCGAGAUUCCGGCACUGCAUGAGCAGCACCCGGGUCUGCUGCAGGAGAUUCUCGCGGCGUUGUCGGAGAGGGAGGAGCUGGAUCUGCAGGGUGGGGUGAAGCUUGCUUUCCCCGCCUUGAAGUUGCCGAUCCUCAUCGAGGAGGGGGAUGACGAAUUUGUCGAGCCGGAACCGCGACACCGUGAUCAGAUCAUGUUUAUCAUCAACAAUAUCGCGGAAAGCAACUUUGACACCAAGAUGGGCGAGUUAACCGCGGUGUUUGCGGACCAGCACUCGCGCUGGUUUGCCCACUACUUUAUCGAUCUCCGCGUCAGUCUCGAGGCGAACCGGCACGAGAUGUACAUGCGGAUCCUGGAGGCGCUGGGAUCGGCGGUGUUUGAGCGGCACGUCCUCUGGGAGACGUACCGCAAGGCCCGGGACCUGCUCAAUUCGGAGGCGACCAUCAAUUCGGCGUCGGAACGGGUCUCGCUCAAGACCAUCGCCCUCUGGCUCGGUCGGAUCACGCUCGCGCGGAACAAGCCCCUCAAGCUGCGCGAGGUCAAUAUCAAGGACCUCCUCGUCCAGGGUUUCGACAAUAAGCGGCUGAUCGUUGCCGUCCCCUUCGUCUGUAACCUCAUGCUCAGCUGUAUCGAGUCGAGCGUCUUCCACCCGCCCAACCCAUGGCUCGUCGGUGUCCUCCGGCUCCUCGUCGAAUUUUACCACCACGGAGAGCUCCGCCUCAACCUCAAAUUCGAGAUUGAGGUCUUGUUCUCCAAGCUCGGCGUCUCGCUCGACAAGUUUGAAGCGGCCAACAUCCUUAGGACACAUGUCCCGCCGCCGGAACCCCAGCCGGAGGUGCCGAACAGGCUCGACGCGGAGCUGCAGCGGGCCAUCACCGAGAUGAUGAAUGGCUCGCAGCGUAACACCGACACGACGGCGAAUGAGGCGGUAGUGCGGAUGCAGCAGAUGCAGAAUGAGCAGAUGGCGGCUGCGGCGCAAGAGGCGUUUAAUCGUCGGGUUGAUGAGCUUAUUGUGGAGCUCCCGCAACACUUGGUGUUCAGCCAAGAAUACCCAAUCUUCACCGCUCCCACGCUCCAGCGGAUCGUCGCACACUCGGUCACCCGCGCCGUCAAGGAUAUCGUCAUUCCCGUCGUCGAGCGGUCGGUCACGAUCGCCGGUAUCUCGUCCCGAGACCUCGUCCAGAAGGACUUUGGGAUGGAAGGGGACCCAAACAAGAUGCGGCAGGCGGCGCACAUGAUGGUGCAGAAUCUGGCGGGCAACCUGGCGCUCGUCACCUGCAAAGAGGCGCUGCGGACCAGCAUGAUCACCAAUAUCCGCGGCAUGCUGGUCAGCAAUGGCUUUACUGAGGAGACCAUGCCGGACGUACCUAUCCAGGGGAUCGUCAACGACAACCUGGACGCGGCGUGCAAUGUCAUCAAGACGGCGGCGAUGGAGAAGGCGGUCAAGGAUAUCGACGUCAAUCUGGCGCCGCAGUAUGCCGCUCGCAGACUCCACCGGGACUCGCGCAGCUCCCAGCCGUUCUGGGACGGCGCAUCUUUCGGGGUGCAAAUCUCGCACGGCGCACUUCCCGAUCCGCUCCGGCUUCGAUCUGGCGGGCUCUCGGCCGCCCAGCUCCGGGUCUACGAAGACUUUAGCGAGCACUCGCGUCUCGUUACCCAAGCGGCCGUCAAUGGUGAUUAUGCCAACUAUGGCCCGGACGGGUUCGAGAUCAAGCGCAAUGCCACUCCUGCCGGCGGUAUCCCAGACCCGGCGCCUACACCCGCGGUUCUCGAGCCGGUUCAACAGGUCGUGCCCGCCCAAACGACCAUUGAAAAGUUCCACGAGAUCGUCGCCGAGAUGGAGAAGUAUGUCAACCAGGCCCAAGCCCAGGGACUUACUAUCGCCAGCGUCACGGAUGAGGUCCGGCAGGCGAUCCGGGCGGUGCCGUUGCUUGCUAGCCAGACGAGCAACCGUGAGCAGAUGACCCUGGUCAUUGCACAGCGAGUUGUGCAGCUGCUGUACAAGACGCCGGUCCCGCUCGGCAGGGAGAUUUACGUCUUGAUGCUGCAAGGGCUGUGCGAGGUGGCGCCAAAGGUGGAUGCGGAGGUCAAGCAGUGGCUGGUGUAUGCGGACGAUGCUCGCAAAUUGAACGUCCCGGUCACUACACUGCUCAUUCGAGCCGGCUUCAUCGCACUUCCCGAGUUGGACGUUCAGCUCGCUCAGAAGAUCGUUCAAUCUCCCAGCCCGGAGUUCUACGAAUUCGUCGCUGAGCUCAUCCGCGAAUGCUCCCUUGGCGAGCGCGCUCUCGUCCCCCGCACGGCCUUCGCGCAGAGUCUGGCGGUCCUGCUCAAGUCGCGAGACAGUCAGCGGGCAACACCUUCCAUCGAGACGUUGCUCGAAGACCUCCGGAUCGGUCCUAACCGUCCCAAGUCGACGGACAUGCCCCCCAGCGGUCCUCUCGAGGACAAGCUCAGCAUCGACAAGGACCGGCUUUCGCACUACUUCCUCGAGUGGGUCCGGGUAUUCAGCAGCUCCAAGCGUCCCGAAGACGCCUUCAUCCCCUACAUCACCUAUCUCCAGAAAGAGGGUAUCCUCAGCGGCGAGGAUAUCUCCACGGCAUUCUACCGGGUCGCCAUCAACUGCGCGGUGGACCUUGACGCGACCAAGCUGGGCGAGCGGGAGCCAGCGUUCUUCGGAACCGACUCGCUCGCCAAGCUCAUCGUGCUCAUCAUCAAGCACUAUGGUGACAAGUCGGACGCGUCGAGCGCGAGGCGGACGGUCUACUACUACAACAAGAUCAUCAACAUCAUCGCGUACUCGCUCGUCCACCGCUCGGUGCAGGCAGAGGACAGUUUCAACCAGCGUCCUUGGGCCCGGUUCUUUAUGACGAUGCUCAACGAGCUGUCUAUAAUCGGGGACAAUUACGCUCUUCGGGAGACGUACGUCGGAUGCCUCAAGGCGUUCGCCAACAGCAUGGGGGUCAUCCAGCCUACGUACGCGCCCAAGUUCGCCUUUGGGUACACGUCGAUCAUCUCCCACCGGCUCUUCAUGGCCAAGCUCCUCGACACGCCGGCGAGGGACGAGGGGUGGCCAGAGUUCCACCGCUGUCUCAUGUGGCUCCUCCGCUUCCUCGCUCCUUUCCUCAAAGUCGGCGAGCUCGACGUCGGCAGUCGGUCCAUCUACCGCGCCACCUCCCGCAUCCUCCUUGUGCUCAUGCACGACUUCCCUGAAUUCCUCGUCGAGUACUACCACACCCUCUCCACCGCCAUCCCCGCGCACUGCCUCCAGCUGCGCAACAUCGUACUCUGCGCAUUCCCCAACAGCCAAGCCCCCCUCCCGGACUAUUAUCGCCGGCUCGACCAGCUCAUCCCUGAAAUGCAGCUCAUCCCCGUCGUUCGGCAGGACUACAUCAACGCGCUCAACUCGGGUAACGUCAAAGGUGCGAUCGACCAGUAUGUCCGCUCGGGCAUGCCCCAGCUCCAGGCUAUCGUCGCCGAGUUGAAGAGCCGGAUCGCCAUCAAGACGAUGGGAUCCGAAGGUCCUAUUGUCAACUGGAACCACACCCUCCUGCACGCGGCCGUGUUUUACCUCGGUACAACCGCGGUGGAGCGCCGGGCGGCCCGGACGGGGAAUGCAGAGUUUGAUCGCAAGGCGCCGGAGGUUGCUCUCUUGACGAGCUUGGUGUUUGCGUUUGACGCGGAAGGCCAAUACUACAUGCUCUCGGUCAUCGCCGACCAGCUUCGAUACCCCUCCGCUCACACGCUCUUCUUCACCUCCUUCAUCCUCUUCCUCUUCGGUACCUCGGCCCGCGCCGAGAUCCCCAACGCUAUCCCCGAGCGUAUCGGCCGAGUCCUGCUCGAGCGUGUCGUCGUUACCCGACCUCACCCCUGGGGUCUCAUCGUCGCCUUCAUCGAGCUGCUCGAUAACAAGGCGUAUGGCUUCUGGGAUCAGGCGUUCAUUCGAAAUGAUGAGGAGCACCAGAACAUCUUUGGGAGGGUGCAUGCGAAUAUUGUUGGGCAGGGACAGGGACAGCUGUUGGGUGGUGGAUUGGGGUUUACGCAGAAUUAG